AUGAGGACAAGGAGGAUGAUGAGGAUAAUGAGGAUGAUAAGCAGUGAUAAGGAUGAGGACAAUGAGGAUGAGGACGAUAGUGAUAAGGAUGAGGAAAAUGAGGAUAAUGAGGACAACAGUAAUGAGGACAAGAACAAUGAGGAUGAUGAGGACAACGGUGAUAAGGAUGAGAAAAAUGAGGAUGAUGAGGACAAUAGUAAUAAGGACGAGAACAAUGAGGAUGAUGAGGACAACGGUGAUAAGGAUGAGGACAAUGAGGAUGGUGAGGACAACAGUAAUGAGGACGAGAACAAUGAGGAUGAUGAGGACAACGGUGAUAAGGAUGAGGAAAAUGAGGAUGAUGAGGAUAAAGAGAAAAAGGAUGACUACAAGGGUGCAUGA